AUCAGACUCUGACGAAGAAGAAGAAGAAGAAGAAGCACGAGAAAAGUUUGUUGUUGGGUUUGUGUGUUGCUGUUAGGAAGAAAGAAAUGGUGAAAUCGACUACGAAGGAUGCUCAGGAUCUAUUCCACUCUCUUCGAUCUGCUUAUGUUGCUACACCAACGAAUCUUAAGAUCAUCGACCUGUAUGUUUGUUUCGCGGUCUUCACAGCUUUGAUCCAGGUUGCUUACAUGGCUCUUGUUGGAUCGUUUCCUUUCAACUCAUUUCUCUCAGGAGUUCUCUCGUGUAUCGGGACAGCAGUUCUUGCCGUCUGCCUCCGGAUUCAAGUGAACAAAGAAAACAAGGAAUUUAAGGAUUUAGCACCAGAGCGAGCUUUUGCUGAUUUUGUUCUCUGCAACUUAGUCCUCCACCUGGUCAUCAUAAACUUCCUUGGAUAACUCCUCUCCAGGACUUGAUCUCAUGAGAUUUUGGAGAACAAUUACUAUGGUUACUUUCAUACAUUACAAAUUGUAGUUCAGAUAUUUGAGAUUUCAUCAGAGCAUCAUCUUAGUCCUAUAUAGAAGCUUGUUUUGUUAA